UUCUUAAACAGGCCACAUAUAAGAUCGAGAUUCUUGAUCAUUGGGUCUAGACAGAAACAUGUAGUAUCAGUUACUUCUAAAUAUUUAUUUAAUAAAUUCAAAAUGAAGCCUGUAGUGACAAAACUAAAAGAAAAUUACAGUUUUACAAACAUUGAGUACUUAUGCCACUAAAAAUAAAGAUUGAGUUUAUGCCGCUUACAAAACGCUAUUUACCCUUUAUAUUUAGUAUUUGAAAUCACCCAAUCAUAGUAAAAAGGGAAGAGGAGCCUAGUUUGAAAAAGCACACAAAAGUACCACGUCAUCCUCACUCCACUCAAAAAAAAAAAAAAUACAAACUUUCUCACUUACAUUUCAAACUAGCCGUUACACUCUCCAUUCCUUUUAUUCAAAAACUCAUUUUCAAAAACUCAUCUUUUUCUUCCCCAAAACCAAAAAAAGCUCAUCUUUUUCAUCAAAUUCUCUCGAAUCGAAUCAAACCCUUUACUGAUUCUCAUCAAUCAAGCGUGAUUUGCAGUGAGUGAGAUUAUUGAGGAGCAAAACAAUGUCAGUUACUCCUGAUUUGAUGACUAGGAAAGUGGGUACUAUGGGAGGGCUUUCCCCAUCUCCCUCUCCUUUCCUCACUCCUCGUCCCGAAAGGCGGCGCUUAAUGGAUUCAAGAGGGGUUGAUUGGAAUCGCCAUGAUAGGGAUAAAGAAGUUAAUGUUCAAGUUUUGCUUCGAUGCAGACCUUUGAGUGAUGAAGAGGCAAAAUCCAAUGUGCAAAGAGUGAUCUCAUGCAAUGAGCAAAAGAAAGAGGUGACCGUGUUGCAGAAUGUAGCUAACAAACAAAUAGAUAGACUCUUCACCUUUGAUAAGGUUUUUGGGCCAAAAUCACAGCAAAGAUCAAUAUACGACCAAGCGAUUUCGCCAAUUGUUAAUGAAGUUCUUGAAGGUUUCAACUGUACUGUCUUUGCUUAUGGGCAGACCGGAACUGGGAAAACCUAUACUAUGGAGGGUGGAAUUAAAAACAAGGGUGGUGAUCUGUCUGCUGAGGCUGGUGUUAUUCCAAGAGCAGUUCGCCAAAUUUUUGAAACGCUUGAAGCACAAAACGCUGACUACAGUGUUAAAGUUACAUUCUUGGAGCUCUAUAAUGAAGAUAUAACCGAUUUAUUGGCCUCUGAUGACACUUCAAGAUGUCCAGAAGACAAGCAAAAGAAGCCCAUUUCACUAAUGGAGGAUGGAAGGGGUUGUGUGGUUGUGAGAGGCCUCGAAGAAGAAGCUGUUUACAGUGUUAGCGAAAUCUACAAUCUCUUGGAACGAGGGUCUGCAAAGAGACGUACAGCUGAUACCUUGUUAAACAAGCAUAGCAGCCGCUCUCAUUCUGUGUUUUCCAUUACUGUGCACAUUAAAGAAGCUACCAUUGGCGAUGAGGAGCUGAUCAAAUGUGGAAAACUUAAUCUUGUUGACUUAGCGGGAUCAGAGAACAUAUCUAGAUCAGGUGCAAGAGAGGGCCGAGCAAGAGAAGCGGGAGAGAUCAAUAAGAGCUUGCUCACCUUGGGCCGUGUCAUAAAUGCGCUGGUUGAACAUUCGAGCCAUAUACCUUACAGGGAUAGCAAACUCACAAGAUUGUUGAGAGAUUCUUUAGGAGGAAAAACAAAAACUUGUAUUAUUGCUACAAUUUCUCCCUCUGCUCAUUCUUUGGAGGAAACUUUAAGCACACUAGACUAUGCUUAUCGUGCCAAAAAUAUUCGAAACAAACCCGAGGCAAACCAGAAAAUGUCUAAGGCUGUGUUGCUUAAAGAUUUAUAUCUUGAACUUGAGAGAAUGAAAGAUGAUGUUCGAGCUGCAAGGGAGAAGAACGGUGUUUAUGUUCCACACGAAAGAUUUGUCCAAGAUGAAGCUGAGAAGAAGGCUAAGGAUGAAAAAAUUGAGCAACUAGAGAACGAUCUCAUUCUAUCGGAAAAGCAAGUGGAUAGCUUUCGCGAGCUCUAUGUUACCGAGCAAGAGCAAAGAUUAGACCUUCAAAGCGAGCUCAAUGAUUGCAAAGUAAGUUUGGAAACUACCAACAAGGCAUUACUUGAUUUACAAGAAAGCUAUAGAUUGGCAAUGGAAUCUUUGAAAGAGAAGGAGAUCAUUAUAUCGAAAAUGGUAUCCUCAGAAAAUUCUUUGAUUGAAUGUGCGAAGGGAUUGCGUAAUGAUUUGCAGUAUGCAUCAGAUGAUAUAAGUUCAUUGUUCACAAAAUUAGAUCAUAAAGAUAGGUUGGAAUCAGAAAAUCGAAACUUGGUUUUGACAUUCGGGUCUGACCUUGAUAAGAGUUUAAAAGAACUCCAUAAGGUCAUCAUUGGAUCUGUUUCUCAACAAACACAGCAAAUAAGAUCAAUGGAAGAACAAGUUCAUAUCAACUUUGCUUCUAAAUUUGAUGUGACUCAAGUAAUGAAGUCGAAGGUUGAGAAAAUGGCGGAAACAUACUGCUCGGGAGUAGCAAGCUUGAAAGAACUCGUUGACAUGUUGCAAAGAAAAGCAUCAACUGAUUUGAAUCAGAUAAAUGAUGUGGUUGCAUCACAAGCAACUGCUGUUGAGAAUUUCCUUGCCACUAUGGUUAUGGAUGCCGAGCAGGUGUUGAAUGACAUGCAAAAGUCUCUAAGUGAGCAGCAACAAAUAUUGGAAUUUUCGACGAAACAACAGGAGGAGGGACUGAAACGAAGUUUGAUUGCAGCACAAGUCAUUUCAAGUGCAAGUAUGAACUUUUUCAACGACCUCCAUAACCGUGCUUCUCAAGUUGGUAAAUUUAUAGAAGAAAGCUACAAUGAAAGAUCCCGCCAAUUAGUUAAUUUCGAGAGGAUGUUUAAGGAAGAGGCUGCUAGAGAGGAAAGAUCAGCUUUGGAAAAUAUUGCAGCCAUAUUAGCAACUGUAACAUCGAAAAAAGUUGCUAUGGUUUCAGAAGCAUCUAGAGAAAUCUUGGACUCGAAUAAACAGGAGAACACUAGAUUGGUGGAAGAGAUGUUGAACAUGGAACAAGUUUCGGUUUGUGCUAGAAAGGAAGUUACCGAAUUCUUGGAAAAGUCGGAAACUCGUUACAUGGAAGACACAUUUUCGGUUGCUGAACAUACAACCUUUAUGAAAAAUAGCCUGCACCAUAGUUCAAAGAGAGUGGAUGAUUCAAGGCAACAAUGGGAGAACACUCAAUCAUCCAUAAGCAAUCUUAACAAGAACAAUUUAGCAGAGAUAGGAUCUACUGUGAACAAAAACAUAUCUGCGAAUAUCGUUGCACACAAAGAAUUCGUUUCAGCAUCUCAAACUGUUGAUGAAGAAUUCAACACCAGAGCAUCUGAUACAUUGACAACUAUUAAUGAUUCGCUCAAUCAAGACGAGGAAAAUAAGAAGGAAAUAGAUUCAAUGACAGCCUUGUGUAUAUACCAACUCAAUUCAAUUGAAGAGAAUCAUGGGCAAGGCAUAUUGAAUAUUCAAAGUCAAACAGAGAAAUGUCUUACCAAAGAUUAUAUGAUUGAUGAUCAUAGUAACGAGACGCCUAAGAAACGCGUGGUAGAAAUCCCGAGCUUGAAAUCAAUAGAAGAGAUGAGAAGCAAUAUAAAGAACAACAAAAAGAACAACACAACAGAAAGCAAGAUCCCUUGUCUGCUUCUACCGCCAUUUUCGCCUAUCAGAACUCCUUUUGCAGAUGUUAAUGAGUAAAGAAAAAAACAGUUAUUGUCAUGUGUUGUAAUAGUAUGAAAAACACUACUACUCUACUCUCAUUCCACUCAUCAACUGAUGAGUUAUUAGAAUCUCUAUUAUGUGUAGGUAUAGUUGAGCUUUGUAGUAUCACAUUCUGGUUUUCAAAUUUUAUAUUUUUUCCAUUCCCACUAAUCAUUAUGGUGUGUUUUACUUAAUUUUAUAAGGAUUAAUAAGUAAACACAUUGAUUUUUGAUUAAUUAAUUCGAUUAGAGA